AUGGCUUCACUUGCACAGGGUCGGCGUACCAGUCGCCGUUCAGCUUCCAGAAGGAGUUACGCUGUCGAAGAUACUUCCGAUUCAGAGGACCCUGGCAAUGUGACACCCACAGCCUCGACGCAUGAUGACGAUGAGGAUGAAGAAGAGGAGGAUUACACACCAGUCCCCAAGAAGACAAAACGUGUGUCGCGGAGCCACGUGAAACUCGAACCAUCGACCCCCUCUACUGCGCGGCCGGCGCGAAAGCCCCGGCCGUCGAUUGCAGACGAAUCGGACGCAUCGCAGGUCACCGACACGGACGAAAACGACGAAAAUGAUGGAGGAGCCAGCUUUGUCUCAGUUGAAGCAGAUCCCAGCUCCCCCUCCAACAAUCCGGCAUUGAAGAGAAAAAGUAUUGAGGCUAUGGAGGCGGAUCCCAGUUCGCCCUCCAACCAGGCGGCAUUAAAAAGACAUAGUAUGCCUCAUCCCCGCAAGAAUCAUGGCUCAACCACGCCUAAGUCGGUCAAGGGCUCACUUCCCACUCCAGAGUCAUCCGCAUCGCCAGAGCCUGAAGCGCGAGCUCGUCGGGAAAGUGUACCGCCCCUCUCCGAUAUUACCGAGUCAGCCGUCAACCAGUCACCAUCGAAACAACAGGAGGAACCGAAGUCCCAGGUGUCUUACAUCAACCCCAACUCUACAGUAUUGGAGAAGCCGAUGGAUAUUGUUAUGAAGUCGAGAAAUGUGGCUGCCACCCCAGAGGAGCCUGCUGAGGCCAAGCCUAGGAUGAUCAUCCAGAACUUGAUUCUGACAAAUUUCAAGAGUUACGCUGGAAGGCAGGUUGUUGGUCCCUUCCAUGCAUCUUUCUCAUCCGUUGUUGGACCAAAUGGAUCGGGCAAGUCCAACGUUAUCGAUUCCCUUCUCUUUGUGUUUGGCUUCCGCGCUAGCAAGAUGCGACAGGGCAAAAUCUCGGCCUUGAUUCACAACUCAGCUCAGCACCCCAGCCUACCUUUCUGUGAAGUCGAGGUCCACUUCGAGCAAGUUCUCGAUUUGCCAGAAGGCGGCCACGAAGUCAUUGAAGAUUCCCACUUGGUAAUUUCUCGACGAGCAUUCAAGAACAACAGCAGCAAAUACUACAUGAACAAGAAAGAGACAAACUUCACCGCGGUUACCACCUUCCUGCGUGACCGGGGAAUUGACCUUGAUCACAAGCGAUUCCUGAUCCUACAGGGUGAAGUCGAGUCUAUUGCCCAGAUGAAAGCAAAGGCAACGGGCGACCACGACGAAGGUCUUCUUGAGUAUCUGGAAGACAUCAUUGGAACCUCGAAAUACAAGACCCCAAUCGAUGAGGCGGCCACCGAGUUGGAAUCUCUCAACGAUGUUUGCGCAGAAAAGAACAACCGAGUCCAGCAUGUCGAGAAAGAAAAGAAUGCCCUCGAGGACAAGAAGAACAAGGCUCUCGCGUACAUUCAAGACGAAAAUGAGCUUUCCCAGAAACAGUCAGCGCUCUACCAAAUCUACAUUGAUGAGUGUGCCGACAAUGUCCGUGUGACCGAAGAAGCGAUUCUUCAGAUGCAGGAGCUCCUGAAUAUGGAGCUUGAGAAGCACGAAGGAAACGAAUCGGGCAUCAAGGCGCUGGAGAAAACCUACAAGCGUGGGCUUCGGGAAUACGAGACCAUGGAGACGGAAGUGCAGGGCUUGCUGAAGGAAAUGUCCAAAUACGAUAAGGAAUCCGUCAAAUUCGAGGAGAAGAAGAAGUUUUUGAUUGGAAAGCAAAAGAAGCUCGAGAAAACCAUGCAAACAAGCCGCCUGGCCGCUUCUGAGUGCCAGAGCUUGGUAGAGAAAUUCAGCGACGAUAUCGAGAAAAAGACCAGCGAGACUACUGAGCUGGAGGAGGAAAUGAAGGCAGAAGAAGAAGAGUUGAACUCAAUUCGUGAAAGUCUCAAAGGAAAAACCCAAGGCCUUUCAGACCAGAUCGCGGCAAAGCAGAAGUCUCUGGAGCCCUGGAACGAGAAGAUCAACAAGAAGCAAUCUUCUGUUGCUGUCGCCCAGAGUCAGCUCGACAUUCUCCGCGAGCGGAGCAAUGCUGGUGCCGUCUUGCUUGAAGAGGCACAGGGCAAGAUUGCCUCUAUUGAAGAGACCUUGCAGACCAAGCAAACCGACCUCGAGGAACGGCAAGCCCAGAAAGAGACCCUGGAAGCUGAGGUGGAGAAGCUGAAGCACGAUUUGAAAAAGUACAUCGCCCGUGAACCGGAAGUUCGUUCUCAUGUUUCAAGUGCCCGUCAAAAGGCCGACGAAGCACGCGUGAGCCUCGCGAGCACACAAAACCGCGGAAGUGUGUUGACAGGAUUGAUGCGACUUAAAGAAUCUGGUCGUAUUGAUGGAUUUCACGGCCGCCUGGGUAACCUGGGUAUCAUCGAUGAGAAGUACGAUGUCGCUAUUUCUACCGCAUGUCCAGCUCUCGACAACAUGGUAGUAGAGACCGUCGAGGUCGGCCAACACUGCAUUGAUUACCUGCGCAAGAACAAUCUAGGCCGAGCCAACUUCAUUCUCCUCGAUCGGUUGCCUCGUCGUGAUAUGUCCACCAUCUACACACCCGAAAGUGUCCCCCGGCUCUUUGAUCUUGUUCAACCCAAGGACCCUAAGUUUGCCCCGGCUUUCUACAGCGUCAUGCAAAACACCCUGGUUGCCAAGGACCUUGAACAGGCAAACCGUAUUGCUUAUGGUGCUCGACGUUGGCGUGUGGUCACCUUGGAUGGACAAUUGAUCGACGUGUCUGGUACUAUGAGCGGUGGUGGUACUCGUGUUGCACGAGGUGGCAUGUCUUCAAAGCAGGUAGCAGAUACCACCAAAGAACAGGUUACCCGUUUGGAGGCAGACCUAGAGGAGUUGGAACGCAAGUUCCAAGCUUUCUCAGAGAAGCAGAGAAACGUGGAGUCUCAAAUGCGCGAGAAGAGCGACGAGAUCCCACGUGUGGAGACCAAGAUCCAGAAGCUCAUGAUUGAGAUUGACAGUUCCAAGCGCAGCCUUGCAGAUGCUCAACGACGGGUAAAAGAGAUCAGCGCCGAGCACAGGCCAUCCAAGUCCGAUGCAUCUCAGGCAGCUACUCUGGAAAAACAAAUCGAAGCCAUGAACGAGGAGAUCGAAGAUCUCAAUAGUCAAAAGAGUGGCAUCGAGGAAGAGAUCCAGACCUUGCAAAGCAAGAUCAUGGAAGUUGGUGGUGUGCGUCUUCGCGGUCAGAGAGCCAAGGUUGAUGGCUUGAAGGAACAAAUUGGCAUGUUGGCCGAUGAGAUUUCCAAUGCCGAAGUGUCAAAGUCCAAGAAUGAGAAACUCAUUGCAAAGCACAUCAAGGCUCGUGAUGGCUCAGAAAAGGAGCUUGCCCAAAUGGCGGAAGAACUGCAAAAGUUGGAGGAGGAUGUUGAAAGCCAAGCAAAUGAUGCUUCUUGCUGGAGACAAAAAGCCGAAGAGGCUGAAUUGGCCCUCGAGACGAAGAAAGAAGAGCUCAAGGCCCUCAAGGAUGAACUUGAUGAGAAGGUUGCCGAGCUCAACACGACACGGGCCACUGAGAUCGAAAUGCGCAACAAGCUGGAGGAGAACCAGAAAGCUCUAUCUGAGAACCAGAAGCGUAGUCGCUACUGGGACGAGAAGCUUUCGAAGCUUUCUUUGCAAAAUGUCAGCGACUUGGGCGAGGAGCAAGAAUCCACCGACCUCCAGAUGUACACUAAGGACGAGUUGGACGCGAUGAACAAGGAGUCCUUGAAGGCAGUCAUUGUAGCACUGGAGGAGAAGGUUCAGAAUGCCUCUGUUGAUCUUGCUGUCAUCGAAGAGUACCGUCGCCGGUCUGCUGAGCAUGAAGCACGGUCUGCAGACUUGAACACGGCAUUAGUAUCCCGUGAUAGCGCCAAGGCUCGUCUGGACGGUCUUCGAUCAGCUCGUUUGAAUGGCUUCAUGGAAGGCUUUGGUAUCAUCUCUCUUCGUCUGAAGGAGAUGUACCAGAUGAUCACUAUGGGUGGUAAUGCCGAAUUGGAGCUUGUCGACUCGCUGGAUCCUUUCUCGGAGGGUAUUCUGUUCUCUGUCAUGCCGCCAAAGAAGAGCUGGAAGAACAUUGGAAAUCUGUCUGGUGGCGAGAAGACAUUAUCCAGUUUGGCUCUAGUCUUUGCCCUUCACCAUUAUAAGCCCACUCCACUCUACGUCAUGGACGAGAUUGAUGCUGCCUUGGAUUUCCGAAACGUUUCUAUUGUUGCCUCCUAUAUCAAAGAGCGGACUAAGAACGCCCAAUUUAUCGUUAUUUCCUUGAGAAACAACAUGUUCGAACUUGCCUCCCGACUUGUCGGAGUUUACAAGGUCAAUCAUAUGACCAAGAGUGUCACAAUCGAGAACAGGGACUACAUUGAAGGCCGUUGA